GCUUCAUGGAAUCAGCUGAUUUUACUCCUUGCGCUGUAAUUUCGAUUAACCAAAACAAUAGUUUUCAAAUUCAAAGUGUUGCUCCAGACUUAAUGACGAAAAUCAAAUGCAACAUUUAAAUGUAGCAAACAUGAGGAACGUUGCUGUUCUCUAGAGGGCCUGUCAUCACCGUUGCCAUGGAUAAGAUCCUGGAAGCACUAGUAACCUCCUCACACCCCCUGCCAGUGAAGAGGGCCAUAGUGCACAAGGUGGUGGAAGCAGCCGAGAAGGAGGUGACCGAGGAGCAGUGUCAAGCCCUGUAUGCUCUCACCACACGCCUCAUCCUGCUGGGCAAAGAUGCCUUUGAAAGACAAACUGGACAGCAGGUGCAGGAAUCGUAUGCGCGGUACCAUCGCGACGAAUUUGCCCGGUUCGUCAGCAAGGAUUUUGUACUAGGCCUCCUCCAACAGGGCUAUGGCUCCGUGGACCGCCGCAGCCCGGCGCUCAUUGACUUCCUGCACAGCUGCUUGCGUCUCCUCAUGAGCUGCCCCGCCAUGCUCGAGGUCGCCGCCGCCCUGCAGAACGAAGUCCUGCGAAUGGUCUGCGAGCGCCCCGCGCCUGCGCUCUGUGCUCGCCUAGCGGUUCUGCUGACUGACUUCCCCCAGUGUGUGCCUCGUGACAAGGGACACGGGCUCCUCUUCUGUCAGCAGCUGGUGCGGACCAUGGGCUACUUCCAGUGCACGGCCAGCAAAGAGAGUGAACUGAGGGAGUAUGUGACGCAGGUGAACCGCGUCAGUGCCCUCCUUCAGGGCAUCUGGAAGGCCGAGCCUGCUGCCCUCUUGCCCUCCCUGCAGGAGGUUUUUGCCAUCAUCUCGUCCACAGAUCCAGCAUUUGAGCCAUCCAUUUCGCUGGCCAGCCUGGUGCAGCACAUCCCCCUUCAGAUGAUCACCGUGCUCAUCAAGAGCCUCACCACUGACCCAAAUGUCAAGGACGCUAGCAUGACCAAGGCCCUCGGCAGGAUGAUUGACUGGUUGUCCUGGCCUCUUGCCAACCAUGUGGACACCUGGGUUAUCGCUCUGUUAAAGGGACUGGCCGCAGUGCAGAAGUUCACCAUCCUCAUUGAUGUGACUUUGCUCAAAAUUGAACUGGUCUUCAGUCGUCUGUGGUAUCCAAUCGUGCGCCAAGGAGCAUUAGUGGUGUUGUCACACAUGUUGUUGAGUUUCCAGCACUCCCCAGAGGCCUUCCACCAUGUGGUCCCUCAUGCUGUGCAGUUGGUUAAGAGUGUGCGAAGUGAUGGCCUACCGACUAGCAACGCCUUCCUCUUGCAGUUCACAGAGCUCAUCCAUUGCAUGAUGUAUCAGUAUUCUGGCUUUCCAGACCUCUACGAUAGCAUCCUGGAGGCCAUCAAUGACCUGCCUAUGCCUAGUGAGGAGAAAAUUAAGCUCAUCCUAAACCAAAGUGCCUGGACAUCGCAGUCCAACCUGUUUGCCCCUGGCCUGAUGCAUCUGCCUGGGAAAUCGGAGACGGGCAAAACUGGUCUGGUGAAUUUGGGCAACACCUGCUACAUGAACAGUGUCAUUCAGACCCUGUUCAUGGCCACAGAUUUCAGACGGCAUGUGUUAUCUCUGCCACUGAACGGCAGCAAUACUCUGAUGAAGAAACUGCAGCUCCUUUUUGCCUUUCUGGCCCACACACAGAGAGCAGCUUACGCACCCAGGAAUUUCUUUGAGGCCUCGCGGCCUCCUUGGUUCACAGUUGGCUCUCAGCAGGAUUGCUCUGAGUACCUGCGCUUCCUGUUAGACCGGUUGCACGAGGAGGAGAAGGCGUUGAGAGCCCUGACGGAGGCCAAACCGAGCCCCAGUGAGUUCAGUACGUCGUCUGAUGAAUCCGCAUGCUCCAGGCAAGCCCCAGCUGCUGCUGACCACGCCGGCCCUGCCAGCGCUUCGUCUGGUGGGGAGGAGCAACAACAGACCCUGGUGGAGCGCAUGUUUGGCGGCAGGCUGUCGGCAGGCAUUCGCUGCUUGCGAUGCCACAGCCUGUCGGAGAAGGAGGAGCCCUUCACCGAUCUCUCCUUGGCCUUCUGCCCCCCUCAGGUACAGCAGCACGGCCCGCUUCUGCAGGGUGCUGCCUUCAACGGUGGCAGCGAGAGUCCGGUUGUAGAAAACGGUCGUGUCACACGAGGCGUCGGGCCUGACGCGGAAUCGGGGCAAAGCGCCUCACCAGCGGCGCCCCCCUCAGCGCAGGUGGACAGUAGUAACAGGCCGCCGGUCACGCUGCCGGAGCUGGUGGAUUACCUGCUGGCCCCGGAGAUCCUGGAGGAGGACAACUGCUACUUUUGCGAGCGCUGCGGCUCGCUGCAGCCUGCCGAGCGAGUGGUGCGCGUCGUGGCGGCGCCCGAGUACCUCAUUGUCACGUUGCUGCGCUUCUCCUACGACGCGGCGCGACAGCUGCGCCGCAAGAUCCUGGACGACGUGCGGAUCCCCCUGCACAUGUCUCUGCCCGUACACCACCGGACACUGAAGCCUGAACCUCCAUCCUCCCACCAGCAGGAGGCAGCAGCAACAACAGCAGCAGCAGCAGCAGCAGCAGCAGCAGCAGCAGCAGGCUCCUUUGUGCCACCCAGCAGCACACACUUGCCGGACAUUGGAGAGAACCAGGCUAAGAAACUCAAACAGUGCCAGGUGGGAGAGGACGGUGACGAGGCAGGGGAUGGCAGCAGCGGGGCGGGGAAUGGGAAUGGGAAUGGGAGUGUGAAUGGUGAUGGACCAGUAAUGGACAGUCCAGGAGGUGAGGUUGAAAAUGGGACCGAGCAGCAGCAGCAGCAGCAGACUGUUUCAUAUGUGCUAACCUCAGUCGUGAUGCAUUCUGGGAUGUCGUCCGAGAGUGGCCACUACUAUACUUAUGGGAGGAAUAUGAGCGCCGUUGAUUAUGAGGAUGGCUCUACUACUACUACUACUACUACUACUACUCCUCCUCCAGCAGUGUUACCCAGCUCCACCACACCAUCCAAUGGGGAACGGGAAGGCGUAGGUACCGUGAGCCAAUCGGUGAAGGCCUCAGGAGGCACCGCUGAGGUGGAAGCGUCGUCACACGACCCGUCUUCCAGGGACUGGUUUCUGUUCAAUGAUAGCAGAGUGACGUUCACGACCUUUCAUUCGGUGCAGAAUGUAACCACCCGUUUCUCAAAGGACACGGCCUACGUGCUUAUCUACCGCAGACAGGGAUCUGGAGGAGUUUGCAAGGGUGAGACGAACGGCCUGAAACUUGGGGUGGAGCCCCCUCUCCAGAAAGAGCUCAUGGAUGCCAUCACCAAAGAUAACAAGCUAUUCCUGCAGGAACAGGAGCUGAACGCACGCGCCCGGGCCUUGCAGGCAGCCUCGGCCUCUUGCUCAUUUCGGCCCAACGGCUCCGAUGACAAUGACCCUCCUGGCAGCUGUGGCCCAUCUGGAGGGGGCGGGGGAGGAGGAGGAGGAGGAGGCGGCUUCAACACUGUCAGCAGACUGGUAUUCUGAGAGGCAAAAGUGGAUGUGCUCUCUCCGACCCAGUCGGCACCUCUGAGUCCACCCAUGAAACUGCUUGUUUUCCCCCACGUUUGCUCCACCUGCUGUAUGUAGUGGCUAAUUAAUAUGACUGGCAGUGAUUGGCACUGCACGAUCGGUGGGUGGAGCAUUUGGUGGGGAAAACGUGCAGUUCCAUGGGCGGGCCAGAGGUGCCGACUGGGUCUAUAGCUGGGAAACACUGGACUUGCUGGCAUACUUUCUUUUUCUGGUUGGACAGUUUGUUAAAUAACCCUUGACCUCAAAACUUCUGUGUCAUAUGAUGGAUUUUUCAUGAUGGACACCCUCACUCGCUCUCACCCCCUCUGGUUUGCAUGCCUACCCUCCGACUGUUUCAGGAAAAUUAUAGGUUUUAAGUUGGCAUCAAAGGGAUUGCCUUUUUACAAUGCAAUAAAUUAUUGUAUUGGGAUAAAAUGCGACUGAAUCUCCUCCAAAUCAUGAAAGGUUCUUCUAACACACACACACAAACACACACACACACACACACACACACACACACACACACACACACACACAAACACACACACACACACACACACACUUUUUCAUUUUAAAUGGUUUAAGUGCUUUUAUUACAUGUAGGCCACUGUGUGAAUGGAUGAGGUAUUAUGCUGUAGUAUUUUCAUUUUAUCAAUUAAGAUUUUUUUAAAACUUGGUUAACAAAGAAUUAUGAAUAUAGAUAAGGAUGGCCAAUUACCAUAUCACCACAUGCCCCUGAAUGGUGAUACCAAAAUGCUUGGAAUAUGUGAUUAGAUUAGGCUAGACUUUUCAGACUGUAAAACAAGGCUGAUUGUUUUCCCACCCUAAUUGUUUAACCCUAAAACAAACAAUUGCAUGCUAAAUGUUCACAUUUCUUUCUUUAUUUCUUUUAAACAAUUAAAUAUGUACAGUAGUGUACAAAAGUUGGGUACUCCUUUGGAAAUUGAUAACAGAUUUUAAAGCAGCAGCAACAACAUCUUGACAUUAUGUUGUACCGUUGGUAAAAGGACACAUUUGCGCCGUGGAACCAUUUUUAAAGGUGCACCAAACAUUAAUUAAAAAAAAAAAAGAUUUUGUCUUUUACAACUUUAUUUGACAGAACAGUGUAAGAGGUGGACAGGAAGCGAAUUGGGAGAGAGAUGGGGAGGGGUCUGCAAAGGACCCGGGCCAGGAAUUGAACCUGGGUCAGCCGCAUGGCAGGCGAGUGCCCUACCGGUUGGCCACCGCAGGGCCAUGCCAAACAAUUUGAUGUGCAUAUGAUAUCAUGUGUGGGUACUCCCUGUCCCCAAGGGCUUGCACUUCACUCUAUCCCAAAGCCUCAAGUAUGUUGUUUCUGUUCUUUGUGUAGACAACCUGCUUUAGAUCAAUUCCUACAUUUUUAAUUAUGGUAAAUUUUCAAAAUUGAGUUGACCAUGCCAUGACAUUGUAUUUGUUCCUUUGCACAAAUGGUGAACAGUGAAUUGAGAACAGCGCUUACUAUUAAGGUACUGUCCUGCUGGAAACCCCAACCUACUCAUAGCCUCAGCUGUGUGACUGAGUUUUGAGUAUUGAGGCCCUCUACUUCAAUAACCUUUAUGUAGCUAAGCUAGCUACUCAAACCUUCUGCCCAAAUUAAUGGUAAUCCAGUGUGGGUUGUUUUUUUUUGUUUGUUUUUUUUUGCACACCACCUAUUGUUCUGCUCAAAUAACGUCUUCAGUUCAGUCUGUAUAAUCUGAAAACAGCGUGAUUUCCCAAAAUGCGUCUCGAUGUGCUUUUUGCUAAGCUCAUACAAUUAUUUUGUGAUGAACACCCAGGAAGGCCUUUUUAUGCACCACCCUUUCAAUGACCGAAGUAUGCUGAAGAACAAUGUACAGCUGCAUCAGUAGAUGGAUGCUGUUGUAAUUCUAUUGAGAUGUUCUGUAGUUUGUUUUCACAAGCACACACUCCCUUUGUUUUCUGACUGUGGACAAACCAUGUCCAGACCGUCAAGUUAACAUUUUUGUACCGUUGUGCUGAUUCAUAAUAAUGGAUUCAAGUGGAGAGUUGUUCAGAGCCCCGAAUAUAGCUAGACUGGCUCUCACGCAGACCCUUCGUGCUUCGUGCAUAUUCAUUAAACUUUGUGAGCUCGAGGGCGGGGUAUAUACAACUCUGUGGUUGAAGUAGUAGAUUUUUUUAAAAAGCCACAUGAAUUCUCCUAUCAGGUUCGAGCUGUUUUGAACACACCCACGCCUUUCCAGAGCUAAGCGAUUGUCAAUGUUCCAGAUGGUUGGUAACAACCAUCGCGUGAGAACCAGCUUAGAAUAUUGCCACUUUGAAGACAAAACGAGAAGCACAGGCAGCCAUUACAGUACCCUAUGAUGAAUUAAGUUUUUCAUUCUUGUAUCUAUCAGUUUGAGAGGAUCUGAAGAUCUUACAGUGUGAUCAACACUGUAGCUAUAAAUCUAUACACAAUUUCGAAAAAUCAUAGUGUGCCCAAACUUUUCCACCUCCACUCUUUUUUUUUUAGAUUAUUCUUUUUUUUAAUUUUUUUUAUUGUAUUGUAAUAGAACUACACAAAAUCAACUUUAAGAAGUUUGGUCUGGAAUACACUCACAUAUCUACAUCUCUGUAGGAAAACUAAUUUGGUUACUGUGAGAUUUUCUUACGAAACUGAAGCAGUUUAUUAUGAUGAGAUCUCACAGGGAUGUGAAAACUUUUGCAUACUACUGUAUCUACUUAUUUACACAUUUCUUUCAGAGGAGUUUUUUGUAUGUUCUCUGGUUUUCUGUCUUUUUGCCCCAAAUCUAACAUGUACAUGUGUAAGGUGAUUUUAAAGAUUAAACAAGAUGGCUUAAAAGGAAAAAAAAAGUUUUUUUUGCUGUACAGCGUUCAUGUUGAUUAAAAAAAAAUAUAUGUAGAAAUAAAGGUUUGUGGCAGCACUA